UUACUUCAGUAGGAUCUUCUAAAGAAGAACGGUUACCUAUUAUUGCUUCUGGAGUAAAUUUAGAGCAGUUACUUUCUAUUCCUGUGGUAGACAAAGGAACUGGAGUGAAAGAAGCUCACGCAGUUUAUACUCCUCUAAAUGACUGGAAUCUUGUCGAUUGCGUCAAAACAUUUUGCUUUGACACAACUGCUGUUAACACUGGAAUUCAAUCAGGUGUGUGUACUUUAUUAAAAAAGAAACUAGAUCGUGAUAUACUUUAUUUUGCAUGUCGUCAUCAUAUUAUGGAAAUAAUAUUGAGAACCGUAACUGAAAUUGCUUGGGCAGUAACAAACAGUCCACACGUACCAAUAUUUAAGAGGCUAAAAGAUAAUUGGGCUAAAAUUAACACAUCUAUGUAUGAUAUCGGCAUAGACGACGUGAUAAUUAAAGAUGUGUUACAUGAUAAUAAAAAUAAUAUCCUAGAAUUCAUAGAGGACCAAUUGGAGCAACAUCAGCCGAGAGAUGACUACAGAGAGUUACUCGAGUUAGCUUAUAUUUUCUUAGGAGGAAUACCAAUUAACGGGGUCAAAUUCAAAACUCCUGAAGGUAUACACUACGCAAGAUGGCUUGCUAAAGCAGUAUAUUGUUUAAAAAUAUAUAUAUUUAGGAAUCAAUUCACCAGGAGUGCUUCAGAUCUUCGUUAUUUGCGUGAAAUUUGUGUUUUUAUUGUCAUCUUUUAUACUAAGGUGUAGUUUACUGCCCCGAAUGCGAUCAAAGCACCACACAACGACUUGGAACUUUUCAAAAAUUUAAUAAAAUACAAGCAAGUCCAUCCUAAAGCGGCCGAAGCUGCUUUGGAUAAAUUAUCUAAUCAUUGUUCGUACCUACAUGAACAACUUGCUUGUUUAGCUCUUUUCGACGAGGCUGUCACAUGCGAAGAAAAACUUAAAAUAACAUGUAAUAUAAAAAUUAAAGAGUCAACAACAACUAAUGAUGAUGUAAAACGCCUGAAUGUGACACUGAAAGAGAUAAAUUUGAUAGCAUCAAAAAAUAUUAGUGACUUCGUGAGCAAAAAGUCAAUUUUUAUCUUCGAACAGUUUCAAUUGCCAUACGAUUUUAUGGAUAAUGAUUUUGAUUCAUGGGAAAAUGAUGCAUCUUAUCAAGAAUUUCUUCAUACAUUUAGCAAUUUGAGAGUUGUUAACGAUACUGCUGAGAGAGAGGUUGCUCUCAUUGAAGAGUUUAUUAACUGCUUGAUGAACGACGAAGAUCAACGACAAUAUUUAUUGCAGGUUGUUCAAAAUAACCGUAAAAAUUAUCCGACAUGUGCAAAUUCUAAUUAUAAGUUAUUAUAACUGUCACUGAAUUCGUUAUUUAAGUACGUGAAACAUAAAAUGUGAUUUAUUGUUAAAUAAAUUAGUUUAUUUCGAAACGAAAAU